UGAGCGGCGCGCACACAUACACCUACGGACUGACUGCUCGGAGCUCUGGUUAACGCUCGCUGGUCGCUGGUCAGCUGUACCCUCCGGAGCCCGCUCUCUUUCGCCAUGGUGUCGAGAAUGGAGGAGGAUCCGCCCGUGCCAGCAGAGCUAUCUGUUGAAGAGAGGGAGGAGCUGGAGAACAUAAGACGAAGGAAGAAGGAGCUGAUGGCUGACAUUGAGAGGUUGAAAGACGAGAUUGCAGAAGUAAUGAGUGAGAUUGAGACUCUUACAUGCACAGAUGAAAGUAAAACAAGCCAAAGGAAUAAACAAAUGGCGAUGGGACGAAAGAAAUUCAAUAUGGAUCCCAAAAAGGGUAUACAGUUUCUAAUAGAAAAUGACCUUCUCCAGAACACUCCUGAAGACAUUGCCCAGUUCUUGUACAAAGGGGAAGGAUUGAAUAAGACUGUCAUUGGGGACUAUUUGGGUGAAAGAGAUGAAUUUAAUCUUAAGGUUCUACAAGCAUUUGUUGAGCUUCAUGAGUUUGCUGACCUUAAUUUAGUACAGGCUUUGAGGCAGUUUCUGUGGAGCUUCAGACUACCAGGGGAGGCGCAGAAAAUAGACCGUAUGAUGGAAGCAUUUGCCUCGCGUUACUGCCAAUGCAAUCCAGGGGUCUUCCAGUCAACAGACACAUGCUACGUGUUAUCAUUUGCCAUAAUUAUGCUAAAUACAAGUUUGCAUAACCCCAACGUUAGGGACAAACCUGCUGUCGAAAGGUUUAUAUCCAUGAACCGGGGCAUCAAUGAAGGUGGUGACCUUCCAGAAGAGUUACUCAGGAACUUGUAUGAUAGUAUUAAGAAUGAGCCUUUCAAAAUCCCAGAAGACGACGGAAAUGAUUUGACCCACACGUUUUUUAACCCUGACCGAGAAGGCUGGCUACUAAAACUAGGAGGAAGAGUUAAAACGUGGAAGCGGCGAUGGUUCAUUCUGACAGAUAACUGUCUCUAUUACUUUGAGUACACAACAGACAAAGAACCUCGAGGAAUAAUCCCUUUGGAGAAUCUAAGCAUCCGUGAAGUAGAGGAUCCUCGAAAGCCAAACUGCUUUGAGCUUUUCAAUCCCAGUCACAAAGGCCAGGUGAUCAAAGCCUGCAAGACCGAAGCGGAUGGCCGAGUGGUCGAAGGGAACCACGUUGUUUAUCGAAUAUCAGCGCCAACCCCCGAGGAGAAAGAAGAAUGGAUCAAAUCAAUCAAAGCCAGUAUCAGCAAAGACCCGUUCUAUGACAUGUUGGCCACCAGGAAGAGAAGAAUAGCCAACAAGAAGUAAGCACGCAGAUAACUGUAUCCACGCUCGCAGGUGCUCAUCUCUAUGAACACACCAGUCUUUGGAAGCUUUAUAACGGAAGAAAUGAAGGACGUUACCUGCUCCUGGACAUUUCUCUGUCUAUGUCUAUAGAGAAGUCUCAUGUUAAAGUGUUUUAAAACACAAACUUUUAGCAGAAGCCACAUGCAGCUGUGUGAAAGUCUACUUUAAGAAACUUUUGCACGCAAAGUUCUUUCUGUGGGGUGGGUGGGGGUCAAGAUGUCAGGGCAAAUACCUCAGCUGGUCUGGGGCCAGAGCGCAGGAGCAGGCAUGGCUGGGUCUGAAAAGUGGCUGCAUCUACACUAAGAGACACUACUUUCCAUCACCUUUUAUCUAUAGUCAAAACUAUAAUCAAGUAUUAAUUUUCAAGUCCAAGAAUGUGACUGAUAUAAAUAGCUAUACUGAUAAAAAGUUCUUAGAACGAAUAAAAACAUAGACAAGAGAGCAUUAAUCAUUCUUACAGCUAGAGAUUUGUCAGUGAUGUUUUUGGCAUGAAGAGGAAUUGGAACCAAAAGUUCUUUCCAGGAACUUUAUUUAAUAUAAUCUGCACUACAACAUGGUAAAAUUGUAUAUUUAUUUUCUUAGUGCAAUUGCAAAAAUAUUUGUAUUGUAAUUGUUUAAAAAUUUAAACCUUUUAAAUUAUGUGUAAAUAUUGUACAGAUUGUUUUACGGAUACUAACCCUACCAUACAUGUUUAAACUAUUGUUAAUGGCCUGUAGAAAUAAAAUCUAUUGCAAUUAGAUUCAGAUGUAUUUAUCAAGUGUGCAUCUCUGUGGGCUGGAAGUGGUCUGGCCAUUGUCUCAUCACAAUGGUCUGUACUCUAUAGUGGGGUGAGCAGAUAGUUUCUUUUAUUAUUUUUAUUUAUUUAGAGGUACAGUGUGGAACAGGCCCUUCGGCUCAACAAGUCACACUGCCCAGCAACCCACUGAUCUACUCCUAGCCUAACCACUAGACAAUUUACAUUGACCGAUUAACCUACGAAAUAAUGAGUCUUUUGCCCAUGGGAGGAAAUCCACCUGCACACAGGGAGAACAUACAAACUUUCUUACAGAAGACACUGGAAUUGAACUCCGAUGCCCCAAGCCGUAAUACUGUGGUGCAAAUCGCUACGCUACCAUUGCAUCCGAUUGUUCAGGUCCAAGAAAGACUGGUUUGUCUCCACAUCUCAUGACAAUUGUGUAGCUAACAAUACAGUUGUACCAUUCUGGGAGAUGCAAGGUGGUAUAUAUUCAGAUUCAUUUAUUUAUCACAUGUGUGGCAAGACAUACAAGUGAGAUGUGUCAUUAGCUUUAACAAUCAACACAACCUAGGGGUGUGCUGCAGGUGGCCUGUACACAUCACCACACAGUGUAGCAUGCCCACCAUGUCACCAGAACACAACAAAACUACACAAGUCCCUUUCCUCCCUAACACAUGGACCCUAAUCUGACCUCUCUGUAUCCAAAACUAUCCCUACAGACUUAAAAACAACAAACAGCUAGGUCUGAACCACCAUCUCAACAGAGAUGGCAGCUCGGUGACAUCUUGGGAAAACAAAAUGGCACCUCAUCUUUUCCAAAAGUUUUUGUUGGACAUUUUUGAGUUAAACAUUUUUUUUUGCUAUAAUGCGGUCUCUUUUAUCUUUGUUAUCCUAACACUGGUACAGUUUGAAACCCAAUGCAGCCAAUCCAACCUCACUAAGCUUUUGCAUGUUCAUAUUUAGUUAGUCCAAGUUGCACUUUGCCUUAAUGCUUCAGUAGUAUCCAGUGCCUGGCAACCACUACAAAAGCAGAAAUCCACUGCGUCUCACAAUCUACUGAUUCUCAGAACAGCCAUAGGAAUGAGAUGUUGAUACUGUUCUCUGUCAUUGGCUCAUCUGAGGAAUUAAACCCAUUUUCAAUACUGAAAUUCUUCACACAAGGUAACUCCUAUACUUGAUGGCAACACUACCAAUCUUCAGCAGGAAGAAUUGAACACGAUCCAUUUUCUAAAAUAACGAAGUAUUUUCACUGUCUAAACAUUAAAACAAUUACUUUGAGGAAGCCUAUAUGAACCACAACACCCAAAUUGUUCUUUUAUAAUAAGACAUUUGCAAGUUUUAAUCAUAUGAGACAGAAUAAAGUUUUAUUUCUGAAGCUAAAGUCGCGUGUGUGUGGAAGGAGGGAGAGAGAUGCUUUAAGGUGAUGAAAAAGCAUCAACCUGUUUAACCUGUUGAAAUUGCUAGCAAUAUUUUGCUUUUAAAUAGCAAAACACAAGCAUUGUGUCAAAAUCAAAUUAGGGCUAUUGACAAAUAAAAUCAAAGUACUGAAAAUCUGAAACGUGAACUGUUAUGUAUCUGUGGAGCAAGAACAAUAACGUAGCAGGACGAUUGAAUGUGUUUGCAGAUGAUACGAAGAUAGGUGGGAGGGCAGGUAGUGUUGAAGAAGCAGGGUGUCUGCAGAAGGACUUAGACUGGGGAAAUGGGCAACAAAGUGGCAAAUGGCAUAUAAUGUAGGGAAGUACAUGGUCAUGCACUUCAGUAAAGGAAUAAAGGCAA